AUGAUUUUUUUCACUUUAAUCCUUUUUGUUCAAAGUUGCUUUUGGAAAAACGAAUACAUGACUUUAUACCCAACAAAUGGAGAGUACUUAGAAUAUCCUAUGAAUUAAUUAUUAAAUAUAGAGAGCGAUAAUGAUUAUUUCGAAAAUAGCAAUUUUAUUUACCAUUAUGAACCUAGUGUACCAAAUGUUUAAAUAACAAAUGCUUUUAAUGAAAUAGAACAUAUAGAAGGACAAGGUAUUUUAAAGAAUCAUAAUAUUAGAAUUUAUAUCAGUAUCAUCUAAUCAAACUCAUUUUGUAACAAUAACUUAAGAAAAUCAUGUCAUACUAUAUGAAUGGAAAAACUUAAAUUUUUAAUAGUAUGGAUAAGUAGUUGAAAUUGAAAAAAAAUAUAAAUGUUAUAAUAUCAUUUUGUUUGCUGAUAUAGAUGUCUUAAUUGAUUGUUAUGCAGAAGAACAUUUUUAUUUAUUAUAACUAAUGAAUACUAAUUUUUAAAUAGUUUAUUCAAUCUCAGCAAAGAAGCCAAUUAAAUCAUAAAUGCAAGGAAUUUAUAAUGAAUCAAAAACUUUCCUAAUCUAUGCCUAAUAUUAUCAAAAUUUAUCCAUCAUAACAUUAUUCUCAUCUCAGUUUAAAAAUUUAACAUUUUACUAAGAUUAAUUUAUACAGAUUGCUAUUCCUUUAAGAAAAAACCCAUUUAUUUAUAUACUUUACAAAUAAUAAAUAUCACAAUUUAUCAUUUUUUAGAAUGAUACUUUUGUAUAAAUAUAACAACAGUAUUUUUAUGACGAAGCAGAAGCUGAAAUUUUUCAAGUAUAUUAUAAUUACUAAGUUUAUUCUUCAUGUGAUUAAUUAUUGGUUAAUUUCUAUCCUAAUAAUAAUAGGAUAAUUACGAGUUAAUACUUAGGAUGCUAAAAUAAUUUUUUUACUUUAUUUCAAUUUAACAAUAUUUAUUCUAAUCAACCAAAAUUGAUUUAGUCUUUUUUGAAUAAUCAAUUUUUAUUAUUUUAAUCAUAAUUGUAUCUUACAUUAUAUAAAAUAUAUGAAUUAAUGCCUUUUGCCUAUAUAGAAAUUAAAAAUAACACUUAAAUAUAUUUUAAUAUAUAUGAUAACUAUCUAUUUACAUUUAACACAAAAAUUAUAGUCUAUGAAUUGAAAAUACCAUAAUUAUAAAUUAAUUUAACAGAUUAAUAAGUUUAAGGAAUAACUUAUGAUAUAACAAUUUAUGCGAAAUAAUAUAAUCUGAUUUCCACCCAUAUUUGUAAAAUGUUCAUGUCUAUUACAAUUCUAGAUGAGAAUGAUACAAAUAUUUAUGUAAUGUUUAAUAAAAAUUUGUAUCAGUAUAGAUCUAUUAGUGACUAUGAAAUAGAUUAAUAAAUCUUUGUAGGCUAUUCAGGCUAGUUGCUCAAAUAUACUGUUAAUAAAGAUAAUAAAUAAUUUGGAUCAUUUAGUUAAACAACAUAUUAGGAAAAAUUAUUAUACAUAAAUGAAUAAUUUUACUUGGCCUAAUUGUCUUAUUGUGUUAUUAAUAAUAACUAUAGAAAUUUAUGUCUUAUCGGAGUUACAAAUGAAUUAAUAUAAAUCUUGAUUUUAUUAAUGGAUUAUAAUUAAUAUGAAUGUUUUAUGGAUAUUAAUAUUCCUAUUAAGGCUCAGUCAUUAUAAGUUAUUUCUAACGAUUAUGAAGAUUUAAUAAUUGGAGUUAGUGAUAAUAAUACAAUCUACCUUUAUUAAAUAUACGCUAUUUACAAUGCACCCUAUUACUCCUCUUAUGAGUUUAAGUUUGAAUAAUAAUUUUAGUAAUUUUUAAUUACAUAUAAUAAUUUGAUAAUUUUGUUUAUAAAUCAAGAAAUUUAAAUCAUGAAUUUGAAUUCUACUGAUUUAGUAAUCAUUAACGAAACUAUAAUUAAUUAAUUAUUUAAUAGGGAUACUUAGCUAAAAUUUAAUCCUAUUCAAAUAGCAGUAAAUAAUUAGUAAUUUUCUUCAUGUUUAUUUAUCAAUAAUAUUAAUAAUGUCAUUAUUAUUUCUAUUGAUUAAAGUAAUAUACCAAUUCCAAUUUCAAACAUAGAGGUUAAAUUCUAAAUUAAAUAAAUAAAUAUUGUCAAUCAAUAAUUAGUUUUAUCUUAUAUUUGCAAUUACGGGUUUGAUCUUUGUUUCUAAGUUUGGAGUACAGAAUAAGAAUAAUAUUUAAAUACUAUCAGAUGA